GUCAAGUCAAUGAUAGUGUCUUCUCCGUUCCCCAUCACAUUCACAUUCACCAGUCCGAGAGUGAAGCGCAUAUCGUGCACGUCACCCGAUCGCCUUACCAGUUUUUACUACAAACAUCGCGUGCCGCAGCCAAAAUCCUCAGUCGCGAUUUAGCAUUCGAGCUGUUGAGUUUUAAUCACAUCAGCAUUAGCACAUCCCAAAAAAAAAAAACAACAUAAGAAACAUACACCCAGCACCAAAGUUACAAACUGCAUCCAAGGGACAACCAAAGGAUUCUCCAUCAAGCUAGAACGCCUCAAGGCUCAAUCCGUUUCGCUAAUCAGUUGCACCCGCGAUCUUUAAAUCAAAAGUGUUAUAACCAAUCAUGCUCCCAAAGAGCAUUUUCUGAAAUUAUUUUGCUCUCCCAACCCCGAAUAAAAUCACUGUGAAGUGCGUGGACCAAAAAAACCCCUUUCUAAAAACUAAAUUUAAUUUAAAAUAAAAAAACUGCACAAGAAACUAAAAGAUUAACUGACUAAAAUUCAAAUGUGGUAAAAAAAAGACACUGAAAUACUUAGAAGUCGUAGAAGAACAUUUGCGUGCAAAAGUGGAAAAACUAGCCUGAAAGGUGACUGAUUUUCGGCGUGAACUGGACAAAGCCAUGGCUUUGUCGUUGCUCCAGGAGGCCCAAGCUGCUAGAGGCUUGGCAGCAGCUCGGGCUCUGAGUGGCGGCCUGAAGCACGAAGAUGAGCGAAAUCUUUCGCCGCCAAUGAGCAACAACAACACAGCCGCCUCCAUGUAUUCCAGCCUCAUUCCCACGACUGCGUCCGCAAUGGGGAUCCUGGCGCCGCACUUCCUGGCCAAUCAAACUGCCGCGGCGGCUCUUCUCGGUAUUCCCAUGUCGAGUCUUGCCUCAGCGUCUCCCUUCUUCCAGACCCAUCCACUUUUCAGUGCUUGGAGUCAGUCGCCUCCAGCUGGGGGAAGCCCACCACCUUCGUCUCCCAUUUCUCCAGCUCUCAGUGCCAAGAGUGCAGCUAAGAAAUUAGCCACAAACAACAAUCAUAUUGUGAGUACAACCACGGCGGAUUUGGGUAGGAAGAGUGCUCCAAGGCGGCGGCAAAUCUCAGUUAGGAAGGAUAUCAUUUCGCCAAUGUCGGGUUUAGACACUCCCGCCUCGGAUGCACCAAUUUCACCACCAACAUCGGGCUCGUCGCCACAAUCGACGGGAUCAGGUGAGCAUCCAACACUGCUCACGUCCAGCACGAAGGAUCCCACUCGUGACAAGGUUUUUACGUGCAAGACGUGCAAACGCUCAUUCGGCUACAAACACGUCCUGCAAAAUCACGAACGCACGCACACGGGCGAGAAGCCAUUUGAGUGUCCAGAGUGUCACAAACGCUUCACGCGUGAUCACCAUCUAAAGACCCAUAUGCGACUGCACACGGGAGAGAAACCCUACAAAUGCGAAGAAUGCGAUCGGCGCUUCGUGCAAGUAGCCAACCUGAGGCGCCAUCUACGAGUGCACACGGGGGAGCGGCCAUACCCAUGCGAUCUAUGUGAAGCUCGUUUCUCUGACUCCAACCAGCUCAAAGCACACCUCCUGAUCCACAAGGGAAAGAAACCCUUCGAGUGCGAGCUGUGUCAUACAAAAUUCCGCCGGCCACAUCAUCUGGCGCAUCACAAGUGCGGCCUCACGAGCCCCCCAACACCUGUCAUGAGUCCAGCCGCCUCGGACAACAAAUCCGCCAGCUCGGAUGACUCUGUGCCACCUUUCCCCACGCCCCUCGAUGACGAUCCCGUGGAUGGUGAAAGGCGGCACCGCAAGAGCCGCGACAUCCGCCAGAUCAUCCGCCUGCCGCCGCAAUUCGUUCACCUGCAGCCCGAGCAAACGGAACCCGAGGAUCUCAGUAUGCACUCACCCAGAUCCCCACCACCCUCUCCUCCUGUCUCCCAUGACGACGAUCUCGAUGAGCUGGAUGACGCCGCGACACUCUAUAUCAAGCGCCAACGCCACAAUGUAUCGCCGCCGCCUCGGCUCACACCCAGCCAUGACUCCCUCUACUAAUUACGGGUAACAGUAAAUGAGCUAUAGCUACACAAAAAAUAUUUAGCAAGACAGAGAAAUAUAUUUAAGAUGAGAAAAGACAUUUUGACAUUUGAUGUGGUUGGGUUGAUUUUGACGCGUUGAAAAGCCCGUUGAAAUACUUCAAUUUUACGGAAAGAUAACCUUAAAAUUCUUUGGGACUCCUUUAAAAAACCCUUUUUCAGUUUUCUGAAAUUUUUGGUUAAGGUUCCAGGAAUUAAAAAUAAGUAACGAUGCUCUUCUUUCUCUGUCAAAUGACUUGCAGACCAAACGGUUCGAGAUACCGACUUGUAGUCUUCAACGACCCCCUAUAAAACAUUAUUUAGAAAUUGAUAAACCUAUAAUUUUUCAAUGCUACUUUUACAUACAGAUUUUCUACACAGAUUUUUCGACGCGUAAAUAAUCACACUUCCGCAUCGUGUCUUAAAUUAGAAAGAGAAAGAUAUAGAGAACCAUUAUAUUUUAUCAUGGUAAUAUUCGAAUCAAACAAAAACUGGCAGGGAUUAUUCGCUAAAAAAAAUGAACAAGUAAAUUUAGACAAGACAAUUAUCUGUGUAAUUAACCAAAAAAGAAAA